CGCGCGCGCGCGGCCGGGUCGCCGGUCUCGCGUUAAAGGCCCCGCCGCCCGCCGAGGACGAGCUGCUGGUCGCUACGGGGCUCAGGCUGCUGGGGAUGACACUCGAAUCCAUGCGGUCGGCCUCGUCUUCCUCAUAACCGAACUAUUUAACUCUGUCAGUGAGCUCCUGUGUCAGCUGCACCAUGGCCUUGUUGCCUCGAAAGAGGAGGUGCAAAGGUAUACCAACUUCUAUUGCAUCUCAAGACAAUUUGGGUGGAAGCAACCCAAAUGAUAGGGUCAGGUUCAGUGAAGUUGGCAUAUUUUUGGUGGAGAGGAGAAUGGGAGCAAGCAGGAGAAGAUUCCUCACAGAACUCGCUCAGAAAAAGGGGUUUCGAGUGGAAGAGCAGAUGAGUGAGUCGGUUACUCAUGUUGUGUCAGAGAACAACACUGGCAACGAGGUGUUGGAAUUGCUGGAGAAACAGAAUGGAAUUAGCAGAACUGGAUUCAAUGCAGCCUUGGUAGAGAUUACAUGGUUUACUGAGAGUAUGGGGGCGGGUAGACCCCUGGAAGUGGAAAGUCGCCAUCAACUGCAGGUGACAAAAGAUUCAGUUGCAGUCACUGAAGUGUCUAUUUCAUCAUAUGCCUGUCAAAGAAGGACGACACUAAAGAAUAAAAACAAACUGUUUACGGAAGCAUUGAAGGUAUUGGCUGAAAGUGCAGAAUUAAAUGAGAGUGAAGCACGAAACUUGGCAUUCUCAAGAGCGUCUUCAAUUCUAAAGUCUUUGCCAUACACUGUAACCAAAAUGGAGGAUCUCCAAGGUAUUCCCAAUCUUGGGGUCCAUUCCAGGAAGGUGAUUAAGGAAAUCCUUGAAGAUGGAACUUGUAGUGAAGUUGAGAAUUUACUCCGGAAUGAGAGAUAUCAAACUCUAAAGCGAUUCACCAGUAUUUUUGGCGUUGGCGUGAAGACAGCUGAUAAGUGGUACAGAGAAGGUCUACGAACACUAGAUGAAUUGAGAGCAUCAGAUGUAAAACUUACAAGGGGACAGGAAGCAGGCCUCUUAUAUCACAAUGAUCUUUAUGUACCAGUUACAAGGACAGAGGCAGAUCUGAUCAAACAAAUCGUGGAAAGGGCUGUGCACAAAUUUCUACCUACUGCAGUUGUAACGUUAGCUGGUGGUUUUCGAAGGGAGAAGGAGAUAGGCCAUGAUGUUGACCUUCUCAUAACCCACCCAGAAGAAGGCAAAGAAGAGGGUCUUCUUUGCCAAGUGGUGAAUUGGAUGACCACCGAGGGUCUUAUAUUGUAUGGUGGCAUCACAGGCAGCAGUCACAAAGGGAGAAGCAAGAAGCCUGAGAUCUUUGAUCACUUUGAAAAAUGUCUUUCUAUCUUCGGGCUGAAGAAAGAGUUGGUAAAUAAUUUAGAAUCUAAGAACCUGAGGAACUCUGACUCUUUGGCUGGAGACGAGACACAGGGAAUUGGUCUUGCUGACCAUACAGAGGCUGCUCAACAGGUGAUGGUGGCUGCAGCGUGCAAUAAAGACCGGAAGGCCGUGAGAGUGGACUUGGUUGUUGUUCCCUACAGUCAGUAUGCUUAUGCCUUGUUGGGAUGGACAGGUUCAAGGCUCUUUGAACGAGACCUACGCAGAUACGCCAAGCAUUUGAAGAACAUGAGUCUGAGCAGCCAUUCUUUGUUUGACAUUGAGCAGAAUGCAUUUUUGCCAGCUGCUACAGAAGAAGAAAUCUUUGCACAUCUAGGAUUGGAGUAUAUACCACCUCAUGAGAGGAAUGCUUGAUCAGCUGAGCUCAGGCCAUUGGAAUACACAAAUACUGUGGAGAAUGGUUCCGGAAAAAAAUAUUGGUAGCACUUUUGUCAAUUUACACUGGGUAAAAGGUGGGCACUCACCCAGGACUACUGCUGUACAGUAAGCUGUUGAAUUUGUAAUUCAUGAUGGUACAGAUUGUUCAGCAGCUUGGAUGUGGUUUCUGUCUGAUGCAUAUCUGGAUGUGUAUCAGUGGUUGAGUGGGAUCACUGUCACUCCAUAGUUUCUGGAUUCAACUCCAACUCAAGAAAAAGAUGCAUAAUGUCAGCUGACGUUGAGGGAUCACUGCACUGUAAAAGGUGCUACUAAUUUGAGAUCAUGUAUCCUCUAAGAUGCAUGUGAAAUAUCCCAUGCUGCUAUCAUAAUAAAAGCAUGAACAAUCUUCCCAGGAUCAUGGUCAUCUGAACUUUAAUAACUAAAUGGAAUAAAAUAAA